AUGAAUUAAUAAUAAUCUCAAAGUUCGACUCCUAGGCGAAAUAAUUCAGAAUUCAGUAUUGAUGCCCAACCUGUAGAAUCUGAAUCAACUAUGAAUUUACAGAUAGCCUACAGCUGGCUGACCAUAGCUCUCUUGAUAGUUAUAUUGUUUAAUUGUUUCUUGACCUUGUUACUUUCAUCAUUCGCAUUUAAUUUGAGCUUCAGGAUUCCAAUUCUAUUUCUAAGCAUAGGACACCUGUUGUAUUUGAUUAAGAUAUGCAUUUCAUACCAUAAGAUAGCAACAAACCAGGAAUGUUGUUUCGAGUUGAUGUGGGGUAUCGGAUUAAUCUCGUAUUAUAGUUGCUUGAUAUAUUUUGUUGAUAACAAUGACCUUCAAAUGUAAUACUUGGCUAUGUUUUUGGUAUUGAUGACCAUCAUAUGGGUGAUUAAAUCCAUCUUUUAGUAAUAUAGGAGAAACACCCAAGAUCAUCAACAGAAAUUGAUUAUAGUCUUGAUUAGAUUUUGUUUUGUAGCACAAUUGAUGUUCAUAAAUCUGAAACUGAUUGAUUGGUUGUCUGCCAGAUGGAUCUAUACCUUCUCUAUUUUUUGGUUGUUCUUACUCAUCGUCAUCAUGAUGCAAUUAGGUUUCCUGUUUAAAUUGUCUAUCAUAAUAAAUCAAUAUUUCAAUAGCACUGCAGAUUAAAAACCCAUAUUGAUAGUCCAAAUCGUUGGGUACAUAUGGACAAAUUUGAUAAUUUUCGGCUUUUGCGGAGUACCUUCAUAUGCUCUCUACAAAUUGAGUUUUUAUUUAGAAUAAAAUAUGGACCAUGAUUACGUGCUUGCAAUAAUUAUUAGUGUAUUCUAUACUCUCAUAUUUAUGGUCUACACCAUCUACCAUAAAGACAUGCUAUCAACAUUCAUUUUGAGAAUCUUAGAGUUACAAAUUUAACAGUAAACAGUAAGAGAACCUGACAUCAUAAGCUUCCCAAGUUCAAGAAAUCAAAAGAAGUUUGUUAAUACAUUUAGAGAUAAUAUCCUAAAUGAUUUUCCAAAACAACUAAUCAAAAUCUCUAGCACUUACUACCUCCCAGAAGAUCAAAGAAACCAAACUGAAAUUAACUCUGCUGGUCUUAAUAAUAAAAGUCCAACUCUAACUGAUGUAGCCCAACAUGAUGGAACACUGAAACAAUGUUUUAAUUGUUUUCAAUAAUAAAGUUGUACUGUGUACAUCCCAUGUGGUCAUGGAGGAGUCUGUUCCAAAUGUGCUUUUGAUUGGUUCCAAGAACGAAAAGAAUGCUUGAUCUGUAGAAGUCAAAUCUAAGCAAUCUUGAAAAUCGUCUAGACAGAUGAUCAAAGAGUCAAAGUCGUAGAUAUAAUUGCAUUGAAUUGA